AUGAGAACUGAGAGAAAAUUGGUUUGUUUAAAGACAUGGUUUACGAUUUCCUUGUGGAUUUUAUGGGUGAUUAGUGCUGCUGUCUGUGGCCUGCUGCUGUGGCUGCGUUUGGAUUUCUGGACAAAUGGUUAUGUCAUCGUGAGCCCAACAUUUAACCAUUACCUCAUCCUCAUCUACAUGUCAUUGGUUCUGUCUGCAGUUAUCACCGUUUUCUCCAUCUGUGGUCUCAUUGGAGGAUGUCUGAAAGUAAAAUGGAUGCUGGCAAUGUAUUUGAUGACUCUAGUACUAACGGCCUUCCUGACUGUUGCUGCUGUUGUUUAUGGUACUAUAUACAGAGUUGAGCUGCACAACACUUUACUUGGAAAUAGCUUUCUCAAGAAAAUCAUUAAUUCAACCUAUCAAGAUGACAGUACACACCGAAUCACUCGUGCUGUUAAUUUUGUGCAAUCACGGCUGAGGUGCUGUGGAGCUGAUAGUCCAUCAGAUUAUAAUCAGUCCAGCUGGCACGAUUUCACAUUAAAUGCUGCAGCCAAUCAAACAGACUAUGUGGGCCUUGCACCAGUGCCUGCUUCAUGUUGCAAAGAUUUUUUCUAUCAGCAGAAUAACCCACAUACCUGCUACAUCGCUGAGAAGAAUGCCACUACAGAUCUUGAUAUCUGGGAAACAGGCUGCACAGAAAAGCUACAGCAAUUCCUGAAUAAGUACAUAGUAGCAAUCAUUGGAAUACCUGCUGCAUUCUUUAUCUUACAGGUGCUCUCUAUCAUAAUAUGUUCAGCCUACAUCUGCAUACUCAACUCCCUGUAUGUACCACAGCCUGAUGAUUUGGUGUACGACAUGGCCCAUAAUCAAGAGAAGUCACCAUACCCUUCAAGGGGAGACUACACUGAAUAUUAUAAAUAA